AUGAGUGGAGAGAACAACAAUGGUGGUGAGAGGCGUAGAGGGUCGGUGAAGUGGUUUGAUACCCAGAAGGGUUUCGGUUUCAUCACUCCAGACGACGGUGGCGACGAUCUCUUCGUCCACCAGUCCUCCAUCAGAUCUGAAGGUUUCCGAAGCCUCGCGGCUGAAGAAUCUGUUGAGUUCGAGGUCGAGAUGGACAACAAUGGCCGUCCUAAGGCUAUUGAAGUGUCUGGACCCGACGGUGCUCCUGUUCAAGGAAACAGCGGUGGCGGUGGUUCAUCUGGAGGACGUGGAGGCUUUGGAGGUGGUGGCGGAAGAGGCGGAGGCCGUGGAUCUGGAGGUGGAUUUGGUGGGGGUGGUUACGGAGGAGGAGGAAGAGGUGGUGGUCGAGGAGGAAGCGACUGCUACAAGUGUGGUGAACCAGGUCACAUGGCGAGAGAUUGUUCUGAAGGCGGUGGAGGUUACGGAGGAGGCGGUGGUGGCUACGGAGGAGGCGGUGGUUACGGUGGAGGUGGUGGCUACGGAGGAAGAGGAGGCGGUGGUUACGGCGGAAGUGGAGGAGGCGGCGGAGGAAGCUGCUACAACUGUGGUGAGUCUGGACAUUUCGCGAGGGAUUGCACCAGCGGUGGUGCUCGUUGA